AUGGUCGUCAAAGAGCGCUUGAUACAACCUUUAAAGAGUUUUGGGUGUCAUUUCCUCAAGAACUUGCGUGUGACAUUGUUUGCCACAUGGUUGAACAUCAUGCUUCUUCCCCUGGUCAAAGGCCACUCGAUACCAGAUCUGGCCAUCUUCGUUUGUACCUUUACCGGCAUUAUCCCUCUUGGAUACCUCAUGUGCCAAAUGACAGAGAAAAUGGAGGAAUGGACAGGGCGCAUUGGCGCAGGCCUUCUGAAUGCGGCAUUCGGGAAUGCAGUUAUUGGUUCGGUGAUCAGCAACCUUCUCCUUGUAUUGGGAACCUGCUUUUUCGUUGGCGGUAUUCGGUUCUCGGAGCAAGGCUUCCUAAACAUUCCGUCUCAGAUCAGCAGCGUUCUGUUGAUGCUGAGUGCGGGAGGUCGCAGGGAAAAACUGAUGCUGAUUAUCUUGCAGAUCGCUGUGAUUCUCCUCAUCGUUUACGCGUUCUAUCUCUACUUUACCCUCGCAUCGCAUGCCAACGUCGUCAACGCGAAAAGUCCCCUCUCCGAGCCAUAUCCACCUGGGAUAUCGCAUCCAAUCCAGACGAUAGGGAAUGCGUUGAGAAAGCGUACGUUCCGGGCUCGAGGUCCUAGCCAGAGUCACCAGACGGCUUUUAUGGAUCUCGACCGUCGAGCUGGGAUCGCGCUCCCAACAAGAUCCGACGAGCUACGCAUGGUUGACCAGCAAGUGUCGGAACAAGAGGGAACGGCUCGUAGCCCUGUUAUGACGGGUCUGGUGGGUGUCACGUCGGAAUGCUUGGUCAGCUCCAUCAGCGGCGUUACCGCAUCCGGCGUCAUCAGCGAGCAGUGGAUCGGUCUCAUCCUCUUGCCCAUCGCUGGCAAUGUUGUCGAGCACAUAACGGCAGUAGUUGUGGCAUGGAAGGAUAAGCAGGAUAUGUCGAUUGCUGUCGCGGUUGGGUCGGCGCUGCAGAUCUGUCAAGCUGUUAUCCCGAUAGUCGUCAUCAUCGCGUGGAUAAUGGGCAUCCCUCUGUCGUUCUUCGCAACUCCUUUAUUGAUGGGGUUGCUUGUUAUCACAGUCUUGCUGGUGAACUACACCAUGGCUGAUUCGAAGAGCAACUGGUUGGAGGGAGUCGUCCUUAUCAUGGUAUUCUGGUAUUAUCAAUCAUCGUAA